AGGAGCAGCUCCUGCGCGCCUCGGGGCGCUCCCGAGUGGCCCGACCCGUGUCGCCGGUUCGAGAAGCAGGCGACGGGAACAAGAUGUGAACUGUUUUUCCUCGCCAGCAGAAGAGGCCCUUCCUUCCCCUCCGGCGAAGGCCAAUGUUCUGAAAAAGAGUCUGGAUGGGAAUGGCUUGCCUGACAAUGACAGAAAUGGAGGCGACUUCCACAUCUGCACAUCAGAACGGUGAUAUUCCUGCAAAUGCUAGUUCUGUGAAGCAGAUAGAUCCAGUCCUUCAGGUGUAUCUGUACCAUUCUCUCGGGCAAGCUGAAGGAGACCAUCUGACGUUUCCUACCGGAGAGUACGUUGCAGAAGAAAUUUGUGUGGCUGCUUCUAAAGCUUGUGGUAUUACGCCUGUGUAUCAUAAUAUGUUUGCAUUAAUGAGUGAGACAGAAAGGAUCUGGUAUCCACCCAACCAUGUCUUCCAUGCAGAUGAGACAACCCGGCAUAACGUCCUCUACAGAAUAAGGUUUUACUUUCCUCACUGGUAUUGCAGUGGCAGCAACAGAACCUAUAGAUUCGGAGUGUCUCGUGGGGCUGAAGCUCCUCUUCUGGAUGACUCUGUCAUGUCUUACCUUUUUGCUCAGUGGCGGCAUGAUUUUGUACAUGGAUGGAUAAAAGUACCUGUAACUCAUGAAACGCAGGAAGAAUGUCUUGGGAUGGCAGUGCUAGACAUGAUGAGGAUAGCUAAAGAACAAGAUCAGACCCCACUGGCUGUCUAUAACUCCGUCAGCUACAAGACAUUCUUACCCAAGUGUGUUCGAGCAAAGAUCCAAGACUAUCAUAUUUUAACACGGAAGCGAAUAAGGUACAGAUUUCGCAGAUUCAUUCAGCAGUUCAGCCAAUGUAAAGCCACUGCUAGAAACCUGAAACUUAAAUAUCUUAUAAACCUGGAAACCCUGCAGUCUGCCUUCUACACAGAGCAAUUUGAAGUAAAAGAAUCUGCAAGAGGUUCUUCAGGUGAGGAGAUUUUUGCAACCAUUAUAAUAACUGGAAACGGUGGAAUUCAGUGGUCAAGAGGGAGACAUAAGGAAAGUGAGACUCUGACAGAACAGGAUUUACAGUUAUAUUGUGAUUUUCCUGAUAUCAUUGAUGUCAGUAUUAAACAAGCAAACCAGGAAUGCUCAAAUGAAAGUAGAAUUGUAACUGUUCAUAAGCAAGAUGGUAAAAUUUUGGAAAUAGAACUUAGCUCGUUGAAAGAAGCCUUGUCGUUGGUGUCACUAAUUGACGGGUACUACCGACUAACUGCAGACGCGCACCAUUACCUCUGUAAAGAGGUAGCGCCUCCCUCCGUGCUUGAAAACAUACACAGCAACUGCCACGGCCCGAUUUCAAUGGAUUUUGCUAUUAGUAAGCUAAAAAAGGCAGGCAACCAGACUGGACUGUAUGUACUUCGAUGUAGCCCGAAGGACUUUAACAAGUAUUUUCUGACCUUUGCUGUUGAGCGAGAAAAUGUCAUCGAAUAUAAGCACUGUUUGAUUACAAAGAAUGAGAAUGCGGAGUACAACCUCAGUGGGACUAAGAGGAGCUUCAGCAGCCUCAGGGACCUCUUGAAUUGCUACCAGACGGAGACCGUGCGCUCAGACAGCAUCAUCUUCCAGUUUACCAAGUGCUGCCCCCCGAAGCCCAAAGAUAAAUCGAACCUCCUGGUCUUCAGAACAAAUGGUAUUUCUGAUGUUCAGAUCUCACCAACUUUACAGAGGCAUAAUAAUGUGAACCAAAUGGUGUUUCACAAAAUCAGUAAUGAAGAUUUGAUAUUUAAUGAAAGUCUUGGCCAAGGUACUUUUACAAAAAUUUUUAAAGGUAUAAGAAGAGAAGUCGGAGACUAUGGUCAGCUUCAUGAAACAGAAGUUCUUUUGAAAGUUCUGGAUAAAGCACAUAGAAACUAUUCAGAGUCUUUCUUUGAGGCGGCAAGCAUGAUGAGUCAGCUUUCUCACAAGCAUUUGGUUUUGAAUUAUGGAGUAUGUGUCUGUGGAGAUGAGAACAUUCUGGUUCAAGAGUUUGUAAAAUUUGGAUCAUUGGAUACAUACCUGAAAAAAAACAAAAAUUCUAUAAAUAUAUUAUGGAAACUUGGAGUGGCUAAACAGUUGGCAUGGGCCAUGCAUUUUCUAGAAGAAAAAGCCCUUAUUCAUGGGAAUGUGUGUGCCAAAAAUAUCCUGCUUAUCAGAGAAGAAGACAGGAAAACAGGGAAUCCACCUUUCAUCAAACUCAGUGAUCCUGGCAUUAGCAUUACAGUUCUACCAAAGGACAUUCUUCAGGAGAGAAUACCGUGGGUACCACCUGAAUGCAUUGAAAAUCCUAAAAAUCUAAGUUUGGCAACAGACAAGUGGAGUUUUGGAACCACUCUGUGGGAGAUCUGCAGCGGGGACCCGCCUCUGAGUGCCCUGGAUUCUCAGAGAAAGCUGCAGUUUUAUGAAGAUAAGCAUCAGCUCCCUGCACCUAAGUGGACAGAACUGGCAAACCUUAUAAAUAACUGCAUGGAUUAUGAGCCGGAUCUCAGGCCUGCCUUCAGAGCCGUCAUCCGUGAUCUCAACAGCCUGUUUACUCCAGAUUAUGAACUACUAACAGAAAAUGACAUGCUACCAAACAUGAGAAUAGGUGCCCUAGGACUUUCUGGUGCUUUUGAAGACAGGGACCCUACACAGUUUGAAGAGAGACACUUGAAAUUUCUACAGCAACUUGGCAAGGGUAAUUUCGGGAGUGUGGAGAUGUGCCGCUAUGACCCUCUACAGGACAACACUGGGGAGGUGGUGGCUGUUAAAAAGCUCCAGCACAGCACGGAAGAGCAUCUCAGAGACUUUGAAAGGGAAAUUGAAAUCUUGAAAUCCUUGCAGCAUGACAACAUUGUAAAGUAUAAGGGAGUAUGCUACAGUGCUGGUCGGCGCAACCUAAGAUUAAUUAUGGAAUAUUUGCCAUAUGGAAGCUUACGAGAUUAUCUCCAAAAACAUAAAGAGCGGAUAGAUCACAAAAAACUUCUGCAGUACACAUCACAGAUAUGCAAGGGCAUGGAAUAUCUUGGUACCAAAAGGUAUAUCCACAGAGAUCUGGCAACAAGGAAUAUAUUGGUGGAAAACGAGAACAGAGUGAAAAUAGGAGACUUUGGUUUAACCAAAGUCUUACCACAGGACAAAGAAUACUACAAAGUAAAAGAACCAGGUGAAAGUCCCAUAUUCUGGUAUGCUCCUGAAUCCUUGACGGAGAGCAAGUUUUCUGUGGCCUCUGAUGUAUGGAGCUUUGGCGUGGUUCUCUAUGAACUUUUCACAUACAUUGAGAAGAGUAAAAGUCCACCAGUGGAAUUUAUGCGAAUGAUUGGCAAUGACAAACAAGGGCAAAUGAUUGUGUUCCACUUGAUAGAGCUUCUGAAGAAUAAUGGACGAUUACCAAGGCCAGAGGGAUGCCCAGACGAGAUUUAUGUGAUCAUGACCGAGUGCUGGAACAACAAUGUAGAUCAGCGUCCCUCUUUCAGGGACCUUUCACUUCGGGUGGAUCAAAUUCGGGAGAGUAUGGCUACAUGAAAGAGAUGACCUUUACUUGGAGACCAAGUAGACCUCCAGAACCAGAACAAAGCUCUGUAGCCACAUUUCUGUGGACUCCUACCCACAUAUCCGUAUCAUGAUGCUAGCCAGAAGAGAAUGUGAGGCUGUUUGCUCAAAACUUUGGGAAUUUUGUGAAUUUUUUUCAUGUACCACUCUUAGCAGACAUUGCUGAAGUCUUACAAAUGUUCAUGAAGAACUGGAUGAAGCUCACUAGCAAUCAUUACAUUUCCUCUGGCAAAAGAAGAGAAUAGACAUUUUUCAACUCAGCUUUUUGAGAAAUGAAAAAAUUAUAAUGUAAAUUUUGCAGUGUAAAAGAUACACAGAAUAUACAUGUACAGUUUUUAUCACGUGGAGUGUAUAAUACUUUGGCAUCUUGUGUGAUUUACAUGAGGGCUGAUGUUUAUUAAUGUUUUUUAAUUUUCCCAUAUUUGAUCUAUAAUAACUUCAUUAUACAAAUUAAAAUGGUCAGAAAAUUAAAUAGCUUUUCUUUCUUGAUCAUCUAUGCUUCUCUGGAAGGGCCUGUAAGUUCUAUGUCACUGUAAAUAUUUCUCAAAGCAAAAGGAACAAAUGUCUAGUUUUAUUUGUAUAGGAACUCUUCUGGGACAAUAUUACAAAGACACAGCACAAUCUAUUUUCUUAUUUGUUUUCCUUGUGUCUGUUUAUGGUAAAUAUGUUUUUAAAUAGGACUGUCUCCAACUUUUUCUAUGACUAUAAUGAAUAAUAUUCUUUUAUAUUUUUGAGAUUAAGAAUGCCAGAAACUUUCCUCCCUUGAACUGUUAGCUGCCAGUAAGACGUUUUAAUCUGUGAGACUUGUCAUUAUACAUUAAGUUGAAGCAUAAGCCAUAAAUAAUUUGUAAAAUGUACAAGCUCUUUAAGAUGCAGAAUGGGUUAGAGCCUGGACUAAGACUGUGCGAGGGGUUUCCAAGCUGUUGCAGUUGUAAGAGAAAUGACCCUUUGUCAGAAUCUCCCACAUUGGUGGGAAGGGAGAGGUUCUGGAGCGUGUUCAUUCUGCUCAAGAAUGCAGAAGAUGUGUGUUGUACAUCUCUAGAAGAGAAGAGAAAUCAUGUCUGUUUUCAAAGUAGGAGUAAUUGUUAUCUGCAUUAGUGCUGCUCCACCUUAGACCAUGUCAUGUCAAGAAUAAAACAAGAAUUUUUGUGUGUUAUUUAUACAAGAUUUUAAA